AGCUGGAGCUCCGCUCUUCCGCGGCCUGAGUGACUCGGCGUCCUGCUUUCUGUAGCUCAAGAUUCUCAUCGUGUCUCAUUGUCCCCACUCCAGGUAACCCAAUCUCCUGGCAUCACACCCACAUUCCUGCUGCUGUUUCUGACCAUAGCUGCUGUGCUCGGUGGAUAAAAGGGAAAUCUAUCAUUUUCAAGUUUGUUCCUCUGAAGUGUCUUUCAUCAGCAUAUUGUGAAGAUUUUGUUAGAACCUCUAAGGUUCCAGUUGCAGCUCAUCUGUGGCAUGUGUGCUACAGCCAACUGUUUCUUCUAACUGAAAGGUGUUCAGAAUAUGAUCUAGACCUUAAGGCUUCCAUUACUGAGACCACAAGUGAGCCGCUUAUUAAGCUCUUGUGCCUGGAUCACCAGCUCUCCUGCCCAUUCAUCAUGCCUCGGAAGCAGAAGAGAAAGCCUGCUGCUCCUAAGAAAAUCCACCCUGUCAAAGGGGAGACCCAGGUAAUUCAGGAAGCACAGGCUACUACUACCGAGAAGAGAAUAUUACGCUCCUCAUCUACUCCUUUGGAGGUUACCACUCACGCAGAUUCUGCUUCUCAGUCACAAAGCCCUCCAGAGAGAUCGCAGAGAGAAGUUUCUGCCACUGAAGCAACAGAUAUGCCAAACCCGAGAUCGAAUGAAGGAACCAAAUGCAAAAGUAAGAGAAAGCACUGCUCUCCUCAGCCUCAGCUCUCCACCGAGCAGUCUCCGGAAGAUGCACUAACCGAGGCAGAUAUGCCAAACCCGAGAUCGAAUGAAGGAACCAAAUGCAAAAGUAAGAGAAAGCACUGCUCCCCUCAGCUUCAACACUCCAGCAAACAGUCUCCCCAAGAUGCACUAACCAAGGCAGCAAGCAAGUUGGUGAACUUCAUCAUUGAAAUGUACAAGAUGCAAAAACCUAUUAUGAAAAAGUCUAUGUUGAAGAUUAUCGAUAAAAAGUAUAAGAAACGCUUCCCAGAACUCCUGGGAAGAGCUUCUUUCAACAUAGAAGUGGUAUUUGGCAUGGAAUUGAAGAAAGUUGAUGCCACCAAGCCAUCUUAUGCCCUUGUCAGCAAAAUGAAUCUCCCCUACAAUGGAAUGCUGCGUCGUGACAGGGGAUUUCCGAAGACCGGUCUCUUGAUGAACCUCCUGGGAGUGAUCUUCAUGAAUGGCCACUCUGCCACUGAGGAGAAGAUCUGGGAAUUCCUGAAUAAAAUGAAAAUAUACGAUGGAAAGAGACACUUCCUUUUCGGGGAGCCCAGGAAGCUCAUCACAAAAGAUCUGGUGAAGCUGAAAUACCUGGAGUACCGCCGGGUUCCUGGUAGCAAUCCUCCUCAGUAUGAAUUCCUGUGGGGCCCAAGAGCCUAUGCUGAGACCAGCAAGAUGAAAGUCCUGGAGUUUUGGGCCAAGAUCAAUGAUACCGAGCCCAGCGCCUUCGAGUCCAGGUAUGAAGAGGCUUUGAGAGAUGAAAAAGAGAGAGCUGAUGCCGUCAUUUCACUCAGCGACAGCACUGAGGACACAGAUAGCGAUAGUAUUCCAUUCCCUUGGGAAGAGUUUUUCUUAUAGUUACUGAAGGUGAGGAAGAUUGUUCAGGUUGGAAUUGAAGAAAGCAGCCAGUGUUCCCAGUAGUGAAGGGUGGCAGUGUCUGUAGGGAGCAGAGUGUAGCACUUUUUUGUGUUCCGAUUUCACAUGGGCAGUGUUGGAGAUUUAUCUGUAUUUACACCCACACACACAUGCGCACACACACACACAUAUAAUUUUUGUAUUGUUAACACUAUAAGCUUAUGAAAGAUUUUUCUCACGGUUGUUCAUCAGUUUAAAAGUUUUAUUUUGUAAAAUUACGAUGAAAACCUUCAUUAUCAUUACUGAUAUGGUGAAUUUGGAAUAAGCAUUUCUUUCAGAAUAUGAAGAAUAGCAAAAAAGUACAUGGGAUAGAGAAAAAGAAAUGUUUUUGGCAGUUAA